UCCUCUCCUCUUGCCAUUCCCUCCUACUACAAUCUCUGAAUACAAUACAAAACAAAACCUUCCAGUAUCAUCACAAGAAUUUCAGCCAUGCUUCCAGGUGAGCUCACAGGUAUUCACUAUCUUGCCGCCGAAAACCAAAUUCCAUUUUCAGCUAAUCUUGGCCUGAUAGAGCAGAGCAAUAUACCAGCCUUCCAUUUUAACAGAAUCUUGAGCAACUUUCACAGCCCUCCAUUCUCUCAACCUGUCCAUGAAUUCAACCCUCAAUCCUCAUGUCUCAGCAACAACUCAACUUCUGACGAAGCUGAAGAAAACCAAGUCAGCAUCAUCGAUGAAAGGAAGCAACGGAGAAUGAUUUCCAAUAGGGAGUCUGCUCGGAGGUCGCGGAUGAGGAAACAAAAGCACCUGGACGAGCUAUGGUCUCAGGUGGUUCGUCUUCGAACUGAGAACCAUAAUCUGAUAGACAAGUUGAAUCAUGUGUCUGAGUGCCACGACCGUGUUCUUCAGGAAAAUGCAAGGCUUAAAGAAGAGGCUUCUGAUCUUCGCCAAAUGCUUACUGAUCUCCAAAUUGGUAGUCCUUUCACCAGCAGUGCUUUACGAGACCUGGAAGAAGUCCCCUGCAACACAGCUCAUCUCAGAGCUGAAUCAUCAAACCAAUCCAUCUCUAGUUCUGUAGAGUUCCUUCAUUGAAAAGAGAUGUUUUUGUAUAAUAACUACUUUAGUCGUUGUGUUCUGUGGUUGAUUAUCAGUCUUUAUCUUUACCUGAGUUUGUAUGAGAUCAGAAACAGGCUGCAAUAACAGCUAUAACCAUAUUUUUCCUAAGUUUGAUCAUC